CUCCCGCUCCUGGUUUCCGGUUCCGUUGCCAUGGCGGCCAGUCUGCUCAGCCUCGCUCGGGCCGGCAUUCGCAGCAGCCUCAGGAGGAGUCUGGCCGCUUGUCGCAACCCUCUAUUGUCACAGACAAGGUCUGAAGGAAGCGCAACUGAAACCAAACCUACCGUUCGACCAAGUGAUGAAUUACUGAACCACCAGCUGAGUGCAUUUGGUGAAUAUGUUGCUGAAAUUCUUCCUAAAUACGUGCAGCAGGUGCAGGUAACUUGUUUUAAUGAGUUGGAGGUAAUGAUCCAUCCGGAGGGCAUAAUUCCGGUGCUAACAUUUCUGCGGGAUCACACCAAUGCUCAAUUCCAAUCACUUAUUGACCUGACUGCAGUGGAUAUCCCUGCUCGGCAGAAUAGAUUUGAGCUUGUAUACAAUUUGUUGUCGCUGCCUUUUAACUCCCGCAUCCGGCUGAAGACGUACACUGAUGAGCUGACCCCGGUAGAUUCUACAGUCUCAGUGUUUGAGGCUUCAAAUUGGUAUGAGCGAGAGGUUUGGGAUAUGUUUGGUGUGUUUUUUGCCAACCAUCCAGACCUGAGGAGAAUCCUCACAGAUUAUGGAUUUGAAGGCCAUCCUUUUCGCAAAGACUUCCCACUCACUGGCUACGUCGAGGUCCGUUAUGAUGAUGAGUUGAAGCGUGUAGUUGCUGAGCCUGUUGAACUUUCCCAGGAAUUCCGUAAGUUUGACCUUAACAGCCCAUGGGAGGCAUUCCCAGCGCACCGGGAGCCACCUGAGCUACCAAAACUUGAGGGAGGAGAGAAAAAACCUGAGACAAAAUGAAGCAAGACAGCCAAAGUUUGGGAACGUUCUUGCCUGAUGUUACUUUUUAACGUGGAUCUACCUGUAUUCUGUAAUACCUUAAUGGUUCAUGCGUUAUUUAAUGUAAAUAAAUACUGAUAUUCAGCCAA